GUCAACGGACAGUGACUGAUGAGUCAACAUGAUAUAGUCCGGUGGUUAUGGUUACGAAUUUGUCAUAAUGGUUGCAGGUGCAAAAUGGCAGCAAAAAAAGAAAGAAGAUUACGUUGAGUUUGGAUUUACCUUCAUAGAAACCGACUAGUUAAAAUUGCCUCAGUGUGUGAUAUGUAUGAAAGUUGUAAGUAAUGAUAGCAUGAGGCCCAAUCGCCUUGAAAGGCAUUUGAAGCAACAACAUCCUACUCUGGUUUGGAAGACGAAAGAGUUUUUUUCUUCUAAAGAAGAAUCACUCAAGCGGAUGAGAGUGGAUAAAUCGGGAAGUUAUCACACAGGUGUAGCGCUGCAUCUAAAAGCUUCCUUUGAAAUAGCUUUUAUGGUACAUACAAAAAGGAAUGAUCUUGGUUCAAGAACAACUAUCUUCAAUUAAGCAAC